AUGCAUACCUUACUUUUAGGUAAAGGAUACUGUCCAGAAAAAUGGACAAGACUGAAAAACAAUUGUUACUUUUUAUCAACCAAUAAGGCAAACUGGACUACGAGUAAAGUCAACUGUUUUUCUCAGAAGGCCCAACUCAUUGUGAUUGAGGAGACAGAGGAGUUGGAAUUUCUAAUUCUUCAGAGUAGACGCUUUAUAAGUUUCUGGAUUGGACUGAUGAGGAGAACACGUAAGGAUGAGUGGAGAUGGGUGAAUGAAGAGCCCAUUAAUAAAACCUGGUGGACUUUGGGCAACAACACAGAGGGUGACUGUGCCUGCAUUGCUCAGGAGUCGUUAAAAGCGCAGACCUGCACGACUGAACAAUAUUGGAUCUGUAAGAUGACAGCGGGAUACUAGAGAGCACAUGCUGUACAAAUAAGCUUUCCUGAUAGUUCUGUCUUUUGUUACUUUUUAGAAAAGAUCUUUAUGACCUACUGCCUAAAGAAGACACAAAAAGUCAAGCAAAUUGCACAGGUGUGGAGCAUCUUCAUUUUAACAUGUGUCUAUAUGCAUGGAGAUAUUUGAGAGAUCGUGAUAGGUGUAGGAGUCCACAUGCAAACACAAACUAAAACCUACAUUAUUUUGAUUGGAUGCCAUUAAAAUAUUUAACUCUUUAGCACUCAUGGCAAUACAGCAAUCUUGUUUCAAUAUUAUAUGACACACAGAGAAUAUGAAGAGUUUAAACAUUUAAAUUGGAGCACCAAUAUUAAUAUUUCACAUUAAUGACACAACUAUUCUGGUUUAUUAUGCACUUCAUGAACUUCUUACUCAUUAUGUAAAUAGUUAUAUUUCUUAUGCACACCCCGAAAUUGGGGCAACUUAUGUUGAUUCAGACUUUUUUCGGGUUGGUAGCGCUGUUGUCCCAGCAACCUCUAGUCAGUUGUCAUCCCUUUAGAAUAUUUACAAACUUAAAAUAGUUUGAAUGAAACACACAAAUUUAUUUAACAAAAACAAAUUCAACUGAACAGUAAAACAUGCAACACAUUUACAUAAAAAUCAAGCAUAUAUACUUUGCAGUAUAUA